AUGAUAGCAUGCGCUGUUAGUGGCCUUGUUGCUGAUGCAAGAACUCUGAUUGAACGUGCACGUACAGAAGCAGCUCAUCAUUGGUUCGUGUACAAUGAAAAAAUGACCAUUGAGGAUGUGACUAAAGCUGUCAGUAAUUUAGCCUUAGCAUUUGGUGAUGACGAUAUGGAGUCUGGAGCAAUGAGUCGUCCAUUUGGUGUUGCCUUAUUAUUUGCUGGUGUUGAUGAACGUGGUCCACAAUUAUAUCAUAUGGAUCCAAGUGGAACGUAUAUUCGAUAUGAAGCUAAAGCAAUUGGUUCUGGUUCUGAAGGUGCACAACAAGCUUUACAAGAAAUCUAUCAUAAGAAUAUGACAUUGCAUGAAGGUUGUAAACACGCUUUAUCAAUUUUAAAACAAGUUAUGGAGGAGAAACUUGAUUCAACCAAUGUAGAAAUGGCAACUGUCAGCAUUAAAGACAAUUAUCAUUUAUUCAAUAAAGAUGAAGUACAAGCAAUCAUUGAAGAGAUUAAACAAUCAUCAUCUUGAAUAUAUAUAUAUUCAUUAUUUUGAAUUACAUUUACAAUUACUAUUUAUGGUAUGGCAUUGUAUGAAUUGGUUUUGCACGCACUAAUCCCACCCUCUCUUUGUUUUGUUGUGAUUGUGGUUGUGUGUCUUCAACAAUGAAGAAAUAUGCAUUGAUUAUGUGUUAGUGGUAUUGUGUUUAUGUAUUAUUGUAAAUGAUGAAUAUAAAGUUUUGAUGAAUUCUUCUUUGAAUUGUAUGUUUUGUUUUGCUUUGUUUUGUUGGAAAAAAAAAUCAUGAUAUCAACUG